AUGCCGACCCUUAUGCCCCCCACGUUUCCUGUGCUUAGCGCUGGACCAAAACAGGCCACUCCAAUUCCAGGUAACCGCCGCCUCCCAGUUCAACUUGAAGCAACGUUCGCGAUUGGAAGCAAUCCAUCAUCUGUGACCACUGCAGCUGGAAAUGACCAAUUUGGCCCCGUUACACAGGCAAUCGACCCGUUCCCGCCGACUGCGAUCAGUCAAGCAGCGAACACAUUUGACACGACUGUGCCAUCGAGCAGUUCAAGGUUUGCAGCGAAUACACAAGAUCCACUCGCAACGAGUAGUACAGCAAGUAAUAUGGCGGGAACUACGGCGAUCAACCCAAACCAGGCUCAGGGGCACCACAUGGAACCUUUGAAAAUUAUCCUUAUAUCUGUGGGAGUUGCAAUCGCGGCGAUACUAGGUCUUUUGGUAUUCCUAUUGGUCUAUUGUAGACGACGCAAGCGACAACGUUCAGAGAUUGAAAACUUUACAGCCAACCCUUUUACCAAGUCAUCCCCACCUCCUCACCUAUCGAGCCCUCCGGAAUCAUUCGAGGCUGCACAAAAAUACAUCGAUGUUCUAGAAGGCCAGAUAGAAAGAAUGCGGCGUGAGGGAGCCUCAGCAACGAUAACCGCACAAGCACGAGCCGGCCCAAGUACGUCAUCAACACAUGCUUUUGGAGAGCUGGAAGGGGUGGAACCUCCACCGCAGUACGAGUCGAUAUAA